AUGCGCGUCAGUACUGCUCUUUCAGCUUGUAUUUACUGCGAGUGAAUGCAGGGUUAAAGGGACUGUUUGCAUUACUUUACUGCACCACUAGUCGGGUGAAAAAAACAGUCUGCAUGUUAACCAGGCCUUGACUUAUACAACACAAGUAGUUUUAAUUUCCUAACAUCACAUCCCUGUGUGGCUCUUUUAACAUUAUAUGAUAUCAAUGUUGGUCAAAGGUUAAUUCUCAUAGUGACGUGAAGUUGCCAAUACAGUAAUGCAUGUUAUUUAUCAUUUGACAUACCGGGGAGGCACCGAUGACAUCAGCGCAAGAGACUACUCACCGCACCUGUUUUACCAGCUCCACCCUGAGUCCAGCCUGCCUUGUUUUUUUUAAAGCAGCACGAGUUUCAUGUGAACUGGCAUUUCAGCCUCGCCAUCUUUGGCAGCAUUUCCUUUAACUUAACAGACUCCAAGGGAACCUUAGUGGUCGUCCGUUCGUCCAGGUUUGACCUCCCAAGAAAUCCAGCUCAUCCUUUCUGCGUUCCACCCCGGCACCAAUAUGGCCUCAGCCUGGUCUGAAGAGGAGACUAUUGUCUGCUCGAUCUGCCUGGACACCCUUAAGGACCCGGCCACGCUACCCUGUGGACAUUCGUACUGCCUGGCUUGUAUCCGCAGCCACUGGGACAAGAGAGACACUAAGGGUCAGUACAGCUGCCCCCAGUGCAGGCAGGUCUUCAACCCUCGACCCCCCCUGGCCAAGAGCACCAUGCUCGCGGACUGUAUAGAGAAACUGAGAACCAACAGCCUCAAGCAAAGCUCCUCCACGGCUGUCUCCUCCACCCUGCCGUCCAUCCCUAUCUACCUGGAGGUCCUACCAGCCAGAGGGACGCGACCGGGCAGCAUGUACCCUCAGCUUACCGCGGCGGGCCCCAGGACCUGCCCUCAACACAACCGACCCCUGGACCUGUUUUGCUGCGAGGACAAAGAGUGUGUCUGCGAGGUGUGUUGCCAGCAUGGACACGUGGGACAUCGCGUGCUGCAACCGCAGGAAGAGAGGAAGGAGAGACAGAAAGAGCUGGCUCAGAUGCAGGUGGACGUACAGAAGAGAAUCCAGGUGACUGAAAAGAGGCUUGUGGAGCUCCCACAUGUGGCUCGCCAACACAAGGCCUUGGUGCAGGCCCUGAUGCAAGAGGGCACAGACGUGUUCUCGGAGCUUGUCAGGAACGUGAAUCUAACCGGCAUCCGGGUCGCCGAGGUCCUCGGCAACCACGAGACCUCCCUUGGCAGCCGGGUCGAGGGUCAGGUCAACAGGCUGGAGCAGGAGGUGGCCCCGCUGCGCUGGAAGAGCGAGGAGCUGAGCCGGCUGGCCGACAUGCAGGACGACAUCUGCUUCUUGAAAAAUUUCGCCAUCACGGAGCCGCCGGGUCCGUCGGGCGCCGCAGAAGAUUCCAUACUGAGUCAGGAGGAAGCGGUGGUGGCCUCCGUCCGCUCAGCCAUGAAAGAGCUGCAAGAGUCAAUGCAGGAGCUCUGCAACACCAGCCUGGCCAAGAUCGCCACAUUAGUGAAUCCUGAUCCUUGGGCUUCAACGCCCGGUGGUGCAGCAGCAGCAGCAGCAUCUAACGACAGCGAUCAGGCCGCCACACCAAACGCAUUGUGCGCGAUGACGAGAGCCCAACUGCCUUUGCUACCUCCGCGACCUCGAGGGCACGAGGAUUCUACAAGACGCCCCGCACACCUUCAAGCUUCAGUGCCACCUCCGCCCCUCCCUCCUCGUCAACCACAAACACCUCCUGUAACCACAGUGGAACACGUCAACCUGGUGCCGAAGACGAGAGAGGAAAUGCUGAAAUUCCGCUUCGAACCCACCAUGGACGCCAAGACGGCGUAUCGCCACGUGCAGCUGUCAGACGGCGGGCGGAAGGCCACGAUGCGGCCUGAGAACCUGAACCUACCGGACCAUGCCGAGCGCUUCCACUUCUGGAGACAGGUUCUCUGCAAAGAGGCCCUGGCCGGGAGCCCGUACUACUGGGAGGUGGAGUGGACUGGCAAGAAGAUCACCGUCGGCGUGGCCUACAAGGAGAUGGAGCGCAAAGGUUCCGACGACGGCAGCCGCCUGGGCCACAACGCUCAGUCUUGGAGCUUGUACUGGUCCGCGACCGGCUUCUCCUUCUGGCACGACGGCAAGGAGAAGCUCCUGGGCUCGCCGAAGGCCCGGCGGAUCGGCGUCUAUCUGGACCAGCACGCGGGGAUCCUGGCUUUUUACCGCAUCGCCCGGAACCAGGCGGAUCUCAUCCACCAGCACCAGAGCCAGUUCACCGGCCCGCUGUUCCCAGGGUUCAGGUUCUGGCCAGGGGGCAGUUCUACAGUGACUGUUUGCCAAUUGGACUGAGUUGCAUAUGAUAGUGCGGCUAUUUCCUUCUAUUUUUGUAUGCAACCUGCUUGUUCAGGUUGGAAGCAGUGUGACACUUUUUAAUAAGGAAGUAAAUGUGCUCUGGUUUUCAUGUUAUUCUUUUUGCACCAUUUUAUUGAUCUGAAGUACAUUUUUCUCGAAAAUAUCUUUGUCAGCGAAUAAAAGAGCAAGGACGCACAUUUCAUAUAUACAUCUUUUACAUUCUUUUAAACAUGUGAGAUGAAGAUUAAGUUAAAGCAUCGUCGAUGCUUGAGUAGCCCUCAGUAUUAGAGUGAUAGUGGUCGAUAUAGACCAACACAGAUUGCGUCCUGUGUCACUAAAGUGAGUGAUUUUAAAUUGGAUCCCCACACUUCGGUGACCUGGAUGCUUUAAGCUUCUCUUGCAUUCUUAAGUUAUCUGUCGUAUCUUCACUAGUCCCACAUGGAUUUGCAAACAACUAUUUGACCUCCGUUGGUCUUUUGUCCACCCAUUCCUUUC